AUGACCGCAGUGACUUCAGCCUCCGUGUCUGACAUUGCCAAACCUCCUAUGAGUGCAAUGAAAAGAAGAAGCAUUAUUAUCCCUCAACAUUCUAACCAUCGUGAUAAACUUAAAGAUGCAAUUAAAAAAAGGGUAGCUGAUGAAAUAGUAGAACUUUUCGUUGAAGCUCAACAAAUUGGCAAAGAUGAUACUGUAAUUAUAAAAAUGAUUUUGGACCAUAUUAAAAAGCGAAAUACCAAUUCUGUAGAAGUCCUAGAAUGGUUAUUAAGUAACCAACAUACGCUGCAAUACAAAACUCUCCUUGGAUAUUUUUAUUUACAUGACAUUGGCACGGAAAUAGAUACCAGAAAGGCGUAUGUUUUGUAUCUUGCGGCAGCAAAAAAGGACUAUCCUAUUGCUCAAUAUUUGCUUGGUGAAUGCUAUUCGUCGGGUUCUGGAACGAAAUCCGAUGAAAAACUUGCGUUUCAAUGGUACCAAAAAGCUGCAGAAGGUGGAUGUACUAAUGGGUACUGGAACAUCAAAGAACGUAGAUAUGGCGAUUCAUUAUUAUUCUAA